AUGGCGGAACAACUUUUUAUGAUGUAUGAUGAAAAUAUGAUUGAUGAUGAGGAAUUAUUGUUGUUGCUAGAAGAAAACGAACACAGUAACUUACACAUUGGUUUUCCGUACUGGAAGUACGAAAAAUUUAGCCUUGAGGAUAUGAGAGACGACGAGUGUGAAGUUGAAAUGCGUUUCAAGAAAAAUGAUACUUACAAUUUGGCUUUUUCCUUGAAACUACCAGAAGUUUACCGGUGCUAUAAUGGUCGGCCUGUACCACAACUGUGUAUGAUUACCAACACUGUAGUUGAUGACCUAUAUGAGAGGUACUCACACCUGUUUCAAGACCUUGACCAACCGUGGUUGUCUCCAGAAAACCUACAACUGUAUGGGACUGCGAUACAUAAUAAAGGUGCUGCACUUGACAAUUGCUGGGGAUUUGUUGAUGGAACGGUUAGGCCAAUUUGUCGACCAAAGCGGAAUCAAAAAGACGUUUACAAUGAGUCAUGCCACAAGCGAGUACAUGCUUUAAAGUAUCAGUCUGUUGUGGCACCAAAUGGAUUAAUAGCUAAUUUGUAUGGUCCAGUUGAAGGAAAAAGACAUGACAGCAGAAUGCUUACAAUGUCUGGUCUUUUAAAGAAGCUUCAAGAGCACUCUUAUUCGCCUACUGGUGAAGUACUCUGUUUGUAUGGUGAUCCAGCUUAUCCCCAUCGAGUUCACCUCCAGCGUCCCUUUUUAAGGCGGGGUGCGUUAACCUUAAACCAGCAAGAGUUCAAUCGCUCAAUGAGCACAGUUAGAGUAUUCGUUGAAUGGGUUUUUGGGGACAUAGCAAACUAUUUUAAGUUCAUUGACUUAAAAAAAAAACCCUCAAAAUUGGACUAA